UUUCACUUUGACUCUCUCAUAGUCUAUUUCACCUCCCCCCGCCACACUGUAAAAACAGAAGAUUACGAACGAGAGGAGGCCAUUCGCCAUCAGCAGGUAUCAGGGCCCCAUCCGAAACAUUCAACUGCCUUUGAGCACACAGGACUGCAGCUGGUUUCAUCUGGAUCCGGAACCUGCUGCACAGGGAAGACAUACAAUCUGGAAAUCUGAACUAGGAUCCAGUUUUUUGCUAAUUCCCAGACCCACGAUUUCAGAAGAACGGACUACAAACAUUUUUGUUUUUCUUUUGUUUUAUUUUUUCAAGUUUUGCUGUUUUGGUUCCUUACGAAACUGCCUGAGCAAAGAACCAGCGUUGAUGUGUUUGAGGGACAAACACAGUGCACAGCACAGCAGGGCUGCUGUUUAUCAGGAAAGUAAUAAGAAGCAGCGUCUCUUGGAUAAGCACUGAAGCAGAGGACUCUGGGAACAGUGAUGCUGCCUGUGGGCUGAGCAACAGAAACACCACCAGCAAACAGACGCACGAGCACUCGACUGCGUGACGCAACUCCUGCGCUUGAUUUUAUGAGCCAGUCCCGGAGGGGGUGUGGGGGGAGCAAAGACAGCCCAGGCUAACGAGCUAUCGGAUAACUCGCACCACCCUUUUUCUUCAAACAGAGCAGUAACCUUUUUAUCUUCACACUUGCAUCCAUGUCCCUACCUCCCUCCUUCCCUCCUUCCCGUUUUUGUUUUUAACGCAGUAGGCUAUGUGACUAUUAAGCCAGUACCAUCUUGUCUCCUUGUCUUUCUCUGUGCAUCCUCACUAACUGAUACAGAGCAGAUUGAACAGAAUCCUUCCUUUUCUUUUUUGGGAAGUUUUUAUUUAAAUGACACACAGAGGUUCCUCCCUUGCUAACGAACCUUGUCUCUGUUAAAGCCAGCCCCCAUGGGACACCCGACUACAGCGACAGCCAAACAGCACCGGCAGUACCCUGCUCACACACCCUGCUUAGAGUUUUACAGACCUUUACUAAAUAUAUAAAUAUUAUUCAUAACAGUACUUUAUUAUUAUUGUUGUUGUUUUAUCUUGAGAGGAUGAUCCCCUUUGUCGUUUUCUGGAAGAGGAUUCAUCUUUCUUAGAUCAGUGACACACAGAGUGAGAAGGAGAGAGAGAGAGACUGGUGUUUGUUUCCCAGCGGGAAGACGGGAGGAUGUCUUGGAAGCGGAACUACUUUGCGUCAGGGAGCAGCGCGCUGCAGGGAAUGUUGACCCCGCGAACCAUGACCUCCAUCGCUCCCAGCAAGGGGCUCAUCAACGAGCCCGGCCAGAACAGCUGCUUCCUGAACAGCGCCUUGCAGGUUCUCUGGCACCUGGAUAUUUUCCGCAGGAGUUUUCGGCAGCUGACCUCCCACAAGUGCAUGGAGGACUCCUGUAUAUUCUGCGCGCUCAAGAGCAUCUUUGCGCAGUUCCAGUUCAGCAGUGAGAAGGUGCUGCCCUCCGACGCCCUGCGCAGCGCCCUGGCCAAGACCUUCCAGGACGAGCAGCGCUUCCAGCUCGGCAUCAUGGACGACGCUGCUGAGUGCUUCGAGAACAUCCUGAUGCGCAUUCACUUCCACAUCUCAGACGAGACCAAGGAGGAUAUCUGCACAGCCAAGCACUGCAUCCCUCACCAGAAAUUCGCCAUGACCCUCUUUGAGCAGUGCGUGUGUAACAGCUGUGGGGCCACGUCGGACCCCCUGCCCUUCAUUCAGAUGGUACACUACAUCUCUACGACCUCGCUGUGUAACCAGGCCAUCCAGAUGCUGGAGGGCAGAGAGAAGCUGACUCCGGACAUGUACGGAGAGCUGCUCCGCAACGCCAGCACCAUGGGAGACCUGCGCAACUGCCCGAGUAACUGCGGAGAGAAGCUGCGUAUUCGUCGUGUCCUCAUGAACUCCCCUGAGAUCAUCACCAUUGGCCUGGUUUGGGACUCUGACCACUCCGACCUGGCAGAGGAUGUCAUCCACAGCCUGGGCACCUGCCUGCGCCUUGGAGAUCUGUUCUAUCGGGUGACGGAUGACAAGGCGAAGCAGUUAGAGCUCUACCUGGUGGGCAUGGUGUGUUACUACGGCAAGCACUACUCCACCUUCUUCUUCCAGACCAAGAUACGUCGCUGGAUGUACUUCGACGACGCGCAUGUCAAAGAGAUCGGCCCCAAGUGGAAGGACGUGGUGUCCCGCUGUAUCAAGGGCCACUACCAGCCCCUGCUGCUGUUCUACGCUGACCCCAAAGGCACGCCAGUGUCAGUGCAGGAUCUGCCCUCUCAGAUAGACCUGGACCACUACAAUAAGGCCUACUACGACAGUGAGGACUCGGGCCGGGAGCCCUCCAUCUCCAGUGACACUCGCACAGACUCCUCCACGGAGAGCUACAGCUUCAAGCACUCCCACCACGAGUCAAUGGCCAGCCACUUCUCCUCCGACUCCCAGGGCACUGUCAUCUGCAACCCCGAGAACGACACAGCGUCUCAGAGCAGCGUGGAAACGGGCCAACUUACGGACAGUGAGUUGACUCAGCGCUACCCAACCAGGAAGGGUGGGACUAUGGACAGGAAGGGCGGGGCUGGAGACAGGAAGCGCAGCUUGAGCCGGCCGCGACGAUCUGAGGAGCGCAGUCGAGCAGCGAGGGGGGACGAGGCAUCAUCAGCGGGGUACCACAGCGAGGGCGAGACCCUGAAGGAGCAGCAGGUGCCCCGCACUGCCCCCAAGCCCUCGAUCAGUCGGCUGAAGGAGUUCAAGGAGACCAUGAGCAACAUCAUCCACAACCGCACGCUCCCCAGCCCCGCCUCCUCCUGCAAGAGGGGCGUGGCUGACUGGGAGGUGGAGAGCACCAGCAGCGAAUCGAAAUCCAGCUCAUCCGGGGGGCGGUACCGGCCUGCCUGGCGCCCACGCAGAGAGGCUCUGAACAUCGACAGCCUCUUCAGUAGGGAGAGGCCCCGGCAGGCAGGCUACACCCAGCUGGGGGCUUCCAUGGCCCUGCACGAGGAGAGCGCAGAGGAGCCCCCCGGAGCCGGGCCAGUGCCACCAACCCCCCUCGGCACAGCCAAGCCCCCCCCUCCCCAAAUCAGAGGCCUGGACAGGGGGGCAAGGUUCAUUCAGAGGAUGGAGAGCGGAUAUGAGAGCAGCGAGAGGAACAGCAGCAGCCCUGUGAGUCUGGACCUGCCCCUGAGUGAGGGGUCCACUGCCAGCUCAUACAGGGAUGCGAGUUCUAAGAAGCAGCUGAGCUCCGGCCCAUCCUGGAGGAGUGUCCCCAAAUCCAAGAGCAGCAGCGCCCUUCUGCAGGGGCUGAGGAGCCAGCCCUGGGAGGCCAGUCAGGCCAGCCUGGGGGAAGGGCGCAGUGAGCUAGACGAGCUGCAGGAGGAGGUGGCUCGCAGGGCCCGGGAGCAGGAGCUACAGAGAAAGAAGGAGAAGGAGAGGGAGGCGGCCAUGGCCUUCAACCCCAGACCCAGCAAGUACUUGGACCUGGACGAGCUGCAGAACCAGGGGAAGUAUGACAGCUUUGAGAGGUCUCUGCAGGAGGCAGACUCGCUCUUAGAGCAGUCUCUGCGGCUAGAGCAGGGGGAGGACCUGGCUGCAGCGCUGUCUGUCUGUAACAAAGCUGUGUCCAAACUAAGACUUGCCAUGCAUGAGGGCAGUGCUAACACUCAUAACAGGACAAUGGCUGAUAAGAAGCUGCAAAAGUGUAUGAGGAGAGCUCGAAGCCUACAGCAGCGCAUGCAGCCGCCAGAGCCAUCGCGGCCACACGAGGGCGCUCUGGCACAGUCUGAAAGUGAACAGCCUAUCCCGUUCCAAGUACUGCUGACAUCAUGCCGGGAAGAGGUUCGGGACUCCAAUCAGGAAGCAGACUCCUCCCCUUUCCCCGUCCUCUCGGACCUCCCUCACUCAUCCUCCUACCCCACCCAGCCUGCAUCCAGGGGCAGCUGCGAGCAUCUGCCGCCUCCCGCCAGCCCUGGGCACUGGGAGAGGCAGAAAGCUUGUGGGGGAGACUCCAUGAACCGCUGGGACAGCGCAGAGCUCUCCAGCGUCACCCAGCUACCCGGCACUCGGGCACGGCCCAUUCACAAACACAAUGCCCUGUCCCUGCCUAGCCUGCCCCUGGAGAGCAGGGAGAGGCAGGGCAGUGAGGGGAAGGAGGAAGAGGAGCAGGAGCUGCCUCUGCCCCCCUCUCACCCUCACGAGGGCUCCUUCCACUAUGACUUACCUCACACCCUCACAGCUCCCUGCUCCACCUCCCAUUCCAUCAGACCCACAACCGAGCACAGGAGCACCUUACCUGUGGAAGAGAGAGGGUAUGCACCCCAAGGGUACCCCAGCUGGGCCACGUGCUCCCCCCACUCCCCCCGCACCCCACACUCCCCCAGGUCUCCAGUGAGGCAGCAGACACCCAAAGACCCAGACCCUCUCCCCAUCUCUAGUCCCAGGCUGGCUCCCUUCCCCUCUCCCCCUCCUCCUCCUCCCCCCCUUACCCACAGGAACUGGUCCUCCCGUAACCUGGACAGGCCAGAUGGGGCAGACAUGCCCUUCUACACCCCAGCAGAGCAACCCAAUUCCAUCCCUGGCAAGCCCUCCCCCCGGCACCCCCCCUGCCCUGCCAUGCCCGUGGAGCGAUGGGCGGAGAACGUCACGCGCUACUACAGCUCCCAGAGGGACCGCCCACCCUCCCCCCCUGACGAGGAGCUCUCGGAGCUGGAGUGUCUGUACCAGGCGAGUCUGCAGGCUAACAGCAGCUCCAGGGCUCUGCAGGGCCCCGGUCAGCAGGCCUGUACUAAGCCAGUUCCCAUGGCGACGGUCACGACACGGAAGCUGUUUUCUGGGGCGACCUUACCGGCUCGAUCGAAGACCCCCACUGCGGAGAUCGAGAGGAACGCGUACAGCAGCCCCCGCACAUACAUUCCCACGCCGGUGUCUCUCCAGUCUCGCAAGUUGCCCCAGUACGAUGAUGAAUCCUACAGCGCUGACAACCUGCGCCGCAUUGCACGCAGCCUGAGCGGGGCUGUGAUUGGGGGCCGCCCCGAGCCCAUCACCACCUCCCGCAGCUUCGAGCCCCAGGUCGCCUGGACCCAGCAUGCCGACCCCAGAAUCACGCGUCACGCUAACACCUCUCCCCGCAUCACUUCCUCCCUCAAUCCUCCUGUGUUUUCCUUUGACCCCCAACACCACCCCGUCCCACAACCGCACCUAUCCCAGCAGCCACUGCGCCGGACACUGCCAGGAGCUCCGAAGGUCGAGAAGUUUCUGGCUGUGCUUGACCGGGGUGAAGAUUUCUCCCGCGAAAACUACAAGAGUGCAACCCUGAGCUACGGGACCCUUCCCCGGGCCCCUACCCGGGGAAGGGUCCCGGUCCUGUCAGGGGCCCCAGACAGGACCGUCCUCCCUCCCUCAGACCGCCAAUCACUCCCCCCCGGAGCCAGCAGACAGUGGAGCCGGUCGAACACCCCGCGCCUCGGACACGCCCCCCUCACCCCCCCCUCCCACACCCCUCAGAGAUGCUGGACUCCGGAGCCGUACAGCAGCCACAGCUUGGGGCGCCUCGUUCAACCCAGCCUGAACAAGACUCAGCAGCUCCACAGCCACCACCGCAGCCUCGCACUGCCCCCUCCCUCCCUCUCCUACUCUCAGCCCCGCCGCAUGGAUGUGCCCCCCGACGAAGAUUGGAGGAGCAGCCCCUUCGCCCCCCAGCAGCAUUCCCACCCCAAACACGCUCCGGCACCCCCCCGCGCUGCACUGACUGGGAGCAGGCCCGGCCCCCGCUCCACCAGAGCUCUCCUACCUGCCAGCUCUGCCCAGCAAUGCUGCUUCGUGUGCCAGCAGGCUCCAGCCCAGCCCAGCCUCGGCUACUGCCAGGACUGUGGAGCCUACAUGGCACGCUUCCGCUCCGGGAGAUGAGAAACAUGCCUGUGUGUGUCAUCCUGAUAGCCUCUAUCGAAGGGGAGGGGACAGACACUAAUAUAAAGCCUUUAUAAGGGAUGCAUCACUGCACAAGAAACUCCCAUGUCAAGAAGACAUAAAAACAUUUUGGCUAAAGCCGUGAAUGUUUUAGUUUAUUGUAGUUUCUUUUAUUUUUUUUAUUUUACUUCCACGUUUCACUACUGCCUGUCUCAGCAGAGCUGGGGUCUGAGGAGAAGGAGGGGGGCUUGCUGAGUUAGGACUGGACAGGAACGGCUGUCUGUUUUAUAACCAGCACCAUGGCCACAGACAAAGUCACACUGAACCAAACAAUUGCAAUGUCUGUGCCCUCCGUUUUGGCUGUGGAAGCUCUGCAGUUCACUACUGAGGACUGACUCUCCAUUCGAGCCAGGAUGCUGUCACUUUCAUCAGCUCCACUUAUGGAAUCCCGCUAAAGGAAACUCUGUAUCUCUGAGGAGUAAGGGAGGAAGCCCAGGAACUCCACUGUACCUAAAACAGCAGUGGACUCUGGACAGUGUGAAACCUGAAUUUAUUCAUAGCUUCAAACACACACGCCAUUGAUUCAGACACUAGUCGAGUAGAUGUUUCGGGCUAGCACUUUACUCUGUGUAACUUUCACUGGUGGAAACAGCCUGCUCGACUAGCAGCUUUUUUUCCUUUUUCCAAAGAAUGACUAUAUAAAUAAAUACAAAUAAAAUAUAUAUUCACACAUUUAAUUUGGGGUGCAACAUGCUCUACAUGAUCAAGAAAAUCCCAAAAGUCCACUGCUGCAUUGCUCUGUGUAUUAGAGAUGACGCUAACAUAGGUGAUCCAGCUGGUGUAUUUAUUUUCAGAACAAGUUUCUAAAGAGUUCAUAAUAAUAAUAAUAAUAAUAAUAAAGCUGGAUUUCUCAGUGAGUUACGCAUUAAUUACCAAGUGUGUUGCAAUAUGUAAAACAUUAGUAAUAGUUUAUCAUAUAGUGCGUCUUGUACCGUCAUUGGGUACAUAUUGGAAUAUACUGGUAUACAAGUUCCUAAUAGCAGUCCAAGAUGUGCACAUUUCAGAUGCUGUAUACAGUAGCAUUCACAACCCCACAGCUUUCAUGGGCAGGGGCUAUACUGCUGGUAAAAGCUCUUGUACUGUUAUCGUUGGGUCAUUUCAUUUACUGGUGGUGUAUAUAGCAGUUACAGCCAUUCCUGUUUUAAGAGGGAGCGAGAUCUCCAGAAUGCAGUCUGAAUAGAGGGAUCACCACAAGGAGAGUUUACUGUGCGUCUAUACAGGGGUAUGUGAAAUCUUGUUACCCUUUGCUAGUGUUGUAAAAUGCCAAUUCUAGAAUUUAAAAAUAAAAUUAAAAAAAUUGCUGCCCUACCCAUCACUUUAGCCCGAAUCCAAUAUAUAUAUACAUAAAAAUUACAAUCGGAGAAACAACCUACACAGACUACACAGACUUUUUAUAGCUACAUUAACUGCACUAUAGUUACUAAAUAAUUGCUUAUUAAUUGCUGGUAAUGUGUGCUGUGUUGUACCUGAAAGCAUUUUUGUGUUGUUGUAAUUCCUCACAGCUGCAGAUUUACUGACUGAGGGAGUGUGUUUGUCUGUGUUUAAACUGUAUUCUCAUAUAUACACGUUUACAAAAUCACUGUGUUUACCUUGUACAUAUUUUAGUAAGCCUGGCAAGGUGUAGCUCUUAUAUUUCAGGAAUAAAAACCUACAAAAAACCCCAUUAAUAAUAUCAAUAAUAAAAAACGAUAAAUAAGUCUUCCGCAUAACUGUUUUAAAUUGUAGUAAUUCAUAAUUUUAUAACAUUGUAGCUGGGGAAUGGUUUAUGUGGAGAUACAGACACUGCGAUUGUGACAUUAACACACAGAACCCCGCUGAGCCCGGCUAGUGUAGGAAACUGAAUUCCCUCAGUUUGAGACAGGCAGCUACUGGGAGUGCUACACUGUUUACUGGGUAACCCUUUCUAGGUCGUGUGGGGAGGACUGGGAAACAGCUGGACAUACGGGUUAAUCUGGUGGUUUAUUGGGGAGUGGGUGGCUGGAUUACGGGAUUUUUGAACCCUGGUUCAGCCUUUGAUUUAAAGUCGGGUGGAGAAGGAUGAAGAGUUCUUCUAACUAACAAGUGCAGCUCAAGACUAGAAGAUGUGUUUGUACUGUUGUAAAUAACCUGCCCACGCUGCAAUAGCUGUAUCGCAUCAAUCCAUGCUAGCUGCAUAGCCAAGUGAAGCCCUGUUUAUUUACAGUAGCUCGUUCUUUUGCUGUGCCGAGUGAUUGGUUGUGUAGGGUUCCUUUAUUAAUCACGUUUGUGGCGCUAGUAUUGGCACAGCACAGUUUUAAAAGCGCUCCCGCUUGUGCAGUUAAAAAGACCCAGUUUUCCUUUCCUGAACUUCUCCCAAUUUCAUUGGGAAGAUCCAGGAACUCUUACUGGGUGUGAGGCAAGAGGAAAGAUCUCAGAGUGUUGUAAAAAUGGCUCUUUUUACCAGACCCUGCCAAGCAUCCCAAUCCCACGUUGAGCGGUUUCUGUUUGAACAGUGGCUUUUAACUGAGAACAGCGGUCAGGACUGGAAUUGAACACACACCCAGCACACUAACCUCUGGGCAAUGGAAACACAGUUAACUGAACAAACCAGAGCUCUAAAGGGGCUGACUCAGCCCUGCUAUGGAGAAUAACCUCCUGUCCUGAACAAUGCACCUUCCACCGUCUCUAGACACAGCGCUUCCACCCACUGUACUGUUUCCUCUGCAGAGCUCAUAUAUACGGGCAAUAAACAAUGCUGUAGCUUUUAAUAUCGAUGUGCAUAACUUUACAAUAGAUGUAUAAGAUAAAUAGCACUGUAGCAUAACAAACAGGACGUACAAAACCUGCAAAAAGACAAGACCAGAUAUUGUCGAGAUCAAUUUAAGGUUUACAAAAAAAAAAAAAAAAAAUGAAAGCCUGGUUUAUCUUUGCUCAAAUAAAUGGGGGGUUACAUGUAUUUAGCAA